AUGAAUAAUGUAGGACAGUCCCAGAAUAAUACAGGACAGUCCCUGAAUAAUACAGGACAGUCCCUGAAUAAUACAGGACAGUCCCAGAAUAAUACAGGACAGUCCCUGAAUAAUACAGGACAGUCCCAGAAUAAUGUAGGACCUUUCUGGAUUGGCCUGUUCAAAGACAGCUGGAGUUGGUCAGAUGGGAGCAAUUUCUCUUUCAGACUCUGGGAUAAAGAAGAACCUGAUGAUGAUGACUCUGAGAAGACAUGUGCUAUGACUACGUCAGAUGGAAAAUGGAGCUCUGAUGACUGUAAUAAAACCAAACCCUUCUUCUGCUACAACGAUUCAGUGAUCCUGAUCAAGAAGAACAUGACCUGGGUGGACGCGUUAUACUACUGCAGAGAUCACUAUCGUGACCUUGUCUCCAUCACCAACAUGGAGGAGCAGCUCUGGGUCCAGGAGAGAGCCAAGAUGGCCUCCACUCCCUACGUGUGGCUGGGACUGCGCUACACCUGCACUCUGGACCUCUGGUUCUGGGUCACUGACGAGAUGGUCUGCUACAACAACUGGGGCCCCGGCCAGCCUGGGGACAACUGCACCACGGCUGGAGCCAUGGACCGAGAGGGAACGUGGGUCAAAAAAGACGACCACAACCAGCUUAAUUUCAUCUGUUCCAAGUAAAAACCACCAGAAUGUAACUAAGUACAUUUACUCAAGUACUGUACUCUAGUAAUAAUGCUGUUGAGAUUAGGUACUUUAGUUAUAUCUUAAAGUAAAUAUUUUUGGAAAAAAGUUGUAAUAUUUUAAGAAAAAAGCCGUAAUAUUUCAGGAAGAAACUUAUAAUAUAGAUGUUUAACUUUACAUUUUAACAGUGUGGGAUUAAUACUUUUACUGAAGUUAAGGA